UCAAAACCGGACCGACGUGGGAACCACCCAUCCCGUGACGUCACUGGGCUCUGACAAGCUGGUGGUGCCGGAAGAAAAGAUGGCGGAUCAUGAGGAGCAGCUAUCCGACGAGGAAAAGGUACGCAUAGCGGCUAACUUUGUCAUCCACGCCCCACCAGGAGAAUUUAAUGAAGUUUUCAAUGAUGUGCGAUUGCUGCUCAACAAUGACAAUCUGCUCAGGGAAGGUGCAGCGCAUGCAUUUGCACAGUACAACUUGGACCAGUUUACCCCCGUGAAAAUUGAGGGCUACGAAGAACAGGUCUUAAUCACAGAGCAUGGUGAUCUUGGGAAUGGCAGGGUCUUGGACCCCAAGAAUAAGAUCUCCUUCAAGUUUGACCACCUGAGGAAGGAGGCCAGUGACCCACGGCCCCAUGAUGUUGACAGCUCCCUGGAAGGCUGGAGGAGUGCCUUGGACUCUGCUGUCAGGGCCUAUGUCAAGGAGCACUAUCCGAGCGGUGUCUGCACCAUUUAUGCGAAAACCAUUGAUGGACAUCAAACUAUCAUCGUGUGCAUUGAGUGCCAUCAGUUUCAACCAAAAAACUUCUGGAAUGGACGCUGGAGGUCAGAAUGGAAAUUUACCAUCUCCCCCUCCACCACCCAAGUGGCAGGAAUCAUGAAAAUCCAGGUUCAUUACUAUGAGGAUGGAAAUGUCCAGCUGGUGAGCCACAAAGAGGUUCAGGAGUCCAUGUCAAUUUCUAAUGAGGCUGCAACUGCAAAGGAGUUUGUUAAGAUCAUGGAGGCUGCAGAGAAUGACUAUCAGACGGCCAUCAACGAGAAUUACCAGACCAUGUCGGACACUACCUUCAAAGCCUUACGCCGCCAGCUUCCUGUGACACGUACCAAGAUCGACUGGAACAAGAUCCUGAGCUACAAGAUUGGCAAAGAGAUGCAGAAUGCUUAAAAACCGCAAAGAUAACAGUCAGAUCCCCACUCCUGCCCCCAGCCCCUCCAUCCCCAUCCAAAAAAAUGUUGCAUGACUGGAUAGUUGUAUCGUCUUUGUACAAACAAUUAGAGAAAACGGGGGCAAAGAAAGGUUUGGUCUCACAGACAUCAAAUGACACAUUGGAUGACUGUUUUGAUUUUAUACAGACACUCUUAACUCCUGUAUACUGAAUUUGUGAUCGUAUUUGGGAAAAUCUAUCUUGAGGAAACUUUGCGAGUCAUAGGACACAGGGUGGACACUUGUUUGCAUAAACACCCUUAUGAAAUAAAAUAUCAUGUGUGCAGUAAGUAUUGCAUCAGUGAGACCACACCUUUUUGUUUGGAAAAUUGGUUAGAAUUUGCAAUAAUGGUGAAAACAAAUUCAUUUCUGGGAGAAUUUUUGUCUGCAUUUACAGAGGAAGUCAGUUACUAUGGCUGAAACAAACAACUCCCCACCCCACACCCCUCGUGCCCUCACCACCACCCAAAAAAAAGAAGUUUUGUGUUCAUUGACUGAUAUAUUUGGCACAAGCAGCCACCACUGUCAGCCACUCAAUGUUCUUGUUCUCUCAUUUUGGUACUUCCCCCUCACCCUUUGUCCUGUGUGUGCGCUCUCCAGCUUGCAGCACUCCUGGCUACCUUUUGACUUGACAUCGUCUGAACUCUCACUCAGUGCAGGGAGUUCUGUGACCACUUAACAAGCUUAAUUAACAAGUCAUCAGUCGCAAAAGUAAUUUGCAUAAUGUCCAAUUUACAAUAAAAUUUAAAAAAAAGUAUCACUUUCUCCUCCAGUGCUUAUUUUUAUUAAAAACAGAACCUGACUGUAUUAUAUAACAAGGCACAUUGUAAUAUAUACCUGUAUGAAACAUCCUGUCUGUCAGUUUGGUGAUUUGUUUCCAUGAGAUUAAUUGUAAUUCAGUCACAAUUAUGUUGCAUUAAAUGACAAAUUUUCUAUUUA